ACAGUUGGAAGACAGCUCAGUGAGCGGAGAGUAACAUCUUAGGCACAAGUUCCUUAUCUUUUAGUUUUACUGGGUAGGAAUAGGAUCUUGAACCAACCUCACCCCACUCUUGCACUGCACAAUUUCUUCACUCCUUCACAACUCACAUGGCGGUCACACUCACUCUCCUAAAGCUUCCAAUUCUUCCUAACAAGCCACGCCCAUCAACCUCAAAACUUGUUCCACUUCCUUCCAUCUUAAACAUACCAAAACAUUCUCCUAACCCACAAAAGCUCCCCUUCUUAGAUCAAAACAUCCAUUCUCUCAAGCCUGCUUUUCUUUCCCUCUCAGCAAUCACAUUUCCAUUCUUACUAGAUCCCAAGGAUGCACUUGCUGCUGGAGGAGAGUUUGGGAUAUUGGAAGGAAGAUCAUUUGCUCUCAUACACCCCAUUGUCAUGGGUGCUUUCUUCUUCUAUACUUUGUGGGCAGGGUAUUUGGGGUGGCAAUGGCGGCGAGUUAGGACUAUCCAGAAUGAUAUCAAUGAACUCAAGAAACAAGUCAAACCUACCCCAGUCACCCCAGAUGGGAAUCCAGUGGAAGCACCACCAUCACCGGUUGAACUCCAAAUACAGCAACUCACUGAGGAAAGGAAAGAUCUGAUCAAAGGUUCCUAUAAGGAUAGACACUUCAAUGCAGGAUCCAUACUUUUAGGAUUUGGGGUGCUUGAGUCAAUUGGUGGGGGAGUGAACACAUGGCUUAGAACAGGAAAGCUAUUUCCCGGUCCACAUUUAUUUGCAGGAGCAGGUAUUACCGUUUUAUGGGCACUGGCAGCAGCCCUAGUACCAUCGAUGCAAAAAGGAAAUGAAACAGCCAGAAAUCUUCACAUCGCGCUGAAUGCAGUGAACGUUCUGCUCUUUGUGUGGCAGAUUCCCACUGGAAUUGACAUUGUGUUCAAGGUGUUUGAGUUCACAAAAUGGCCUUGAAUGUAUGAUUCCAAUGUGUGAAUUCCCUGGUCUUUUACUUUCAAUCUAGCUUUCUGGCAACAUCAAAUAGUGCGAGUUUUGGCAUUCUCCUUUUUCCUUUAGCCAUGUACCAUGAUUGAGUGCCAGACAAGCAUUAUAUAAUUGCAUUACACCAUUCUUUAGUGUAAAUUGUUAUAUAAAGAACAUAUCACAUUCGGAUUAUUGCGUAAUAAGUCUCGCACCUUGCUUUUA